AGCAGGACCCUUGCGUAAAACAGAGCGAGCGGCAUUGUGUGCCCGCUGGCACCUGGCACGCCAGCGCUGGCUGCAGAGGGAGCUCUGCCACGGAGGGGCACGCCAGGAUUUAUUGCGCCACAGCGCAGCAGCGGGCGCUCAAAUAUCAGGGUGGGCAGCGCGCGAUCUCUGGAGACGAGCGCAGCGGAGAGAAAGAGAGAGAGGGCUGAGCACUCCGAGCAGCUCACAGGACUGGAGAGCAGAAUUUCUGAAUCUUCAUAGAAGAUAAAGACGCCAGGAUGUGGAAGCAAGCCAAAAUGGCGGAUCAGACCGCCACAGGGCAGGGCACUGAUGGAACCCCGCAAAAGAAAAAAGGCACAAAAAGAAGAUCCAAAGUUCCAGGUGUCAUGAUCACACAGUAUGUGGACGAACUCCCAGAGGGAAUGACUACUCCGGACUUCACCCGCAAACCCAUCGCCUUGACUAUUCAGGAGGGCAAAUUGGCCAUCUUCAAGGCUGUUGUGAUUGGGAAUCCCGAACCAGUGGUCACAUGGAACAGAGCCAACGGGAAUAUUAAUGAUCCAGAGAGAUACCAGAAUAAAUUUGAUCCGGAAUCUCGUGAAUACACAUUAGAGAUGCCCAAAGUGGCUGGGGAUCAAGCAGACACCUACAAAUGCUUUGCCACAAACGAAUACGGAAAGGCUGUCUGCACCGCCGUCCUCAAUAUUAUAGAAGUUGGAUACAAGAAGAAGAAAGCUCUGGCAGAUGCAAAGAAAACUCCAUCAAAGGAUCCGACUGAGUUUAGAAAAAUGUUGAGGAAACGUGAAGGAAAGGUGGCGAAAGACGACGGGGAACCAGACGAUAAAGUCUGGGAAAUCCUGCUGAGCGCGGACAAGAAGGACUACGAGCGCAUCUGCAUCGAGUACGGCAUCACCGACUUCCGCGGGAUGCUGAAAAAACUGAACGAGAUGAAACGGGAGAGGGAGGAGGAACAGGCGAAGUUCAUCGAACAGCUCGGCAACCUGAGGCACAUCGAGGUUAAAGCGGCGGACAUGGCAUCGUUUGAACUCGACAUGGAACUCAAAGAUCCCAACAGCAGGAUCUUCCUCUACAAGGAUGGUGUAAUGGUUCCUUACAGCAAGGAUGAACACGAUGAAACAAAACACAAACUGAAGCAAGUUGGCAAGAAGUACAUGUUCAUCAUCAACAAUCUUGCGCCAGAGGACGCUGGGCUGUACCAGGUUGAUGUUGAAGGCGCCAACGUAUUCUCCACUGACUUCAAGAUUCCCCCGGUGGAAUUCCUCGCCAAGAUCCAGGAAGUGAAGGCGGAAGAGAGGGAGGACGCCAUCUUCCAGUGCGUGCUGUCCCUCCCCAUGCCGAACGUUGUUUGGAUGGGCAAGAACGCUCCCCUGAAAGCUGGAGACAAGUACGACAUCACAGUGUCCGAGGACAAGCUCAUCCACAAGCUGGUGGUGAAGGACUGCCAGCCCCUAGACAGUGGGAUCUACGCAGCUGUGGCUGGACUUAAAUCCUGCAACGCCUGGCUUAUAGUAGAAGCUGACAAGGAUCCUGAUUCACGUGGGAAAAAGAAAGCCCGGAAAACAACCCAGGCUGGGGGCGCAGGAGCAGAAGACCUGGAGAAACUUGCCAGGGAGCAGCAGGAGAAACUGAAGAAGGAGAUGCAGGAGAGGAUGGAGGCCGCAAAAAGAGCAAAUGCGGAGAAGGAGGCCAGGGAUGCGGCGGCUAAGGCAGCGGCAGAAGCAGCAGGAGCAGGAGGUUUGGGAGUGGGAGGAGCAGGAGCAGGGGGUAUUGGAGGAGCAGGAGGUAUGGGAAUGGGAGGAGCAGGAGCAGGGGGUAUUGGAGGAGCAGGAGGUAUGGGAAUGGGAGGAGCAGGAGCAAAAGGUAUGGGAAUGGGAGGUGCAGGAGCUGGAGGCACUGCAGGAGCAGGGGGUAUUGGAGGAGCAGGAGGUAUGGGAAUGGGAGGUGCAGGAGCUGGAGGCACUGAAGGAGCAGGGGGUAUUGGAGGAGCAGGAGGUAUGGGAAUGGGAGGAGCAGGAGCAAAAGGUAUGGGAAUGGGAGGUGCAGGAGCUGGAGGCACUGCAGGAGCAGGGGGUAUUGGAGGAGCAGGAGGUAUGGGAAUGGGAGGAGCAGGAGCUGGAGGCACUGCAGGAGCAGGAGGUAUUGGAGGAGCAGGAGGUAUAGGAAUGGGGGGUGCAGGAGCAGGAGGUAUGGGAAUGGGGGGUGCAGGAGCAGGAGGUAUGGGAAUGGGGGGUGCAGGAGCAGGAGGUAUGGGAAUGGGGGGUGCAGGAGCAGGAGGUAUGGGAAUGGGAGGUGCAGGAGCAGGGGGUAUUGGAGGAGCAGGAGGUAUGGGAAUGGGAGGUGCAGGAGCUGGAGGCACUGCAGGAGCAGGAGGUAUUGGAGGAGCAGGAGGUAUGGGAAUGGGAGGAGCAGGAGGUAUGGGAAUGGGAGGUGCAGGAGCUGGAGGCACUGCAGGAGCAGGAGGUAUAGGAAUGGGGGGUGCAGGAGCAGGAGGUAUGGGAAUGGGAGGGGCAGGAGCAGGAGGAUUGGGAGGAGCAGGAGGUAUGGGAAUGGGAGGGGUUGGAGCUGGAGGUGCUGCAGGAAUGGGAGGCACAGGAGCUGGUGGUGCUGAAGUUGGAGGUAUGGGAGGAGGUGCAGGAGGUAUGGGAAUGGGAGGUGCAGGAGGCAUGGGAGGAGGAGCAGGGGGUAUUGGAGGAACAGGAGGUAUGGGAGGUCCAGGAGGUGUAGGCACAGGUGGUGCAGGAGCAGGAGGUGUGGGAGUGGGAGGUGCAGGCGGUGUAGGAUUUGCAAAAGGUGCUACAGGGGCUCAUGGUGGAGGAGCAGGAGGGGGAGGCACAGGAGGUGCAGGAGGUACUGGAACAGGAGGUGAAGAUGGAGGAGCUGGUGGCACAGGGGCAGGAGGUGAAGGAGCUGGCGGUGGAGGAGCAGGAGGUACGGGAGGUGGAGAUGGAGGAUCUGGCAGUGCUGGAGCAGGAGCUGGUGGUGCAGGGGGAGGAGCCGGAGGCGAUGGAGGAAAAGGAGAUGGGGGAGCGGGCGGAGAUGGGACUGGAGAAGACGGCUCCGGCAAAGAUGCAAAAAAAGAUGCGAAGGGGAAGAAGCGCAAAGGAGCGGCAGGGGAAGCAGCAGCUGCCGGCAAACCUGAAGAACCUGGAGUUUACUUCACCAGCGCUCUGAACGACGCAAAGGCCAUUUUGGGAGAGUCAGCAGAACUGACGUGCGAAAUGAGCAGCGCAGCCUCCAAGGGAGUGUGGUACCACGACGGAAAGGAGCUGUCCUCCUCCAAAGAGAUAAAAAUUUCUAAAGUGGGCGGCACUCACAAGCUGAAAAUCCUCAAGGUCUCCGAGGAAAAUUCUGGAAAAUAUCGCUUUGAAGCGGAGGGACGCAAGACGGAAUCGAUGAUCGUUGUGGAAGAUCCACCAAGGAUUGCUGAAGCUGAUAUUAAAAACUUCUGUUUGCCCGUCUCUGUAAAAUCCGGUCAGGCUACAUCCUUCAGGGUUCCAUUUGUGGGUCGCGAACCAUUCAAAGUGCAGUGGUUCAAAGAUGGGGAGGAGGUGAAAAAUGACACCAAUAUCAGAGUGGAGAACGACGAGGGAUAUACCCGUCUGGUUCUUCGCAAGUUGAAUCGUAAGGACUCUGGAGAAAUCAAGGUCAAGAUCAAGAAUGAGUUUGGCACCACGGAGGCCACAACGGAACUCAACGUCCUCGACAAGCCUACCCCACCCCAAGGUCCACUGGAAGUGAUUGAAGGCUCUUCCAGCUGCAUUGAGAUAAAGUGGAGGCCCCCCAAGGACAACGGUGGCUCAAAGGUGACAAACUACCACCUGGAGCGUCAGCAGGUGGGGCGUAACACCUGGAAGAAGAUCGGCAAUGUCCCCGGGGAACCGCCAAGCUUCAGGGACACUGACGUGGAACACGGCAAGAAGUACUACUACCGCAUCAGAGCCAUCACAGCAGAGGGCGAGAGCGACAUGAUAGUGACUGAAGACGUACAGGCUGGAACUAGAGCAUACCCGGGUCCACCAAUCGCACUCAAAGUGGUCAGUGCUUUCAAGGACCGCAUUAAUCUCCAAUGGGUCAACCCAACCAACACCGGAGGAACUGCCAUUGUGGGCUACAACCUGGAGAAACGCAAGAAGGGCAGCAACCUCUGGAGCCUAGUCAACCCGGGGGGCGAACCCAUUAAAGGCAAACAGUACACAGUGACAGACGUCAUUGAGGGGCAAGCGUAUGAAUUCCGAGUGAGCGCAAUAAACUUCUCAGGCUCCGGAGAACCGAGCGUCCCCUCUGAGUUUAUGUUUGCGAGGGAGCCCAUGAAUCCCCCAGGUAAAGUUUCUGACCUGAAGGUGAUAGAUUCUGACUACAACACCUUGUGCCUGUCCUGGUCUAAGCCCCAAGCCGAGAAGGGUGGUCGAGGUGAAGCCAGAGGCUUCUUCGUGGAGAUUCGUCCAGAAGACGAACAAGUGUGGACUCGCUGUAAUACCAAUGCCAUCACAAUGAACAGCUACACCAUAAAAGGUCUGAAGCCAAUGGCUAUGUACUUUGUCAGGGUGGUCGCCACCAAUGUUGGGGGAUCAGGGGAGCCCCAAGAACUGAAUAACUACGUCCUUGCCAUGCCUCCCCCUGUGAGGCCAAGAUUCACAGAUGCGAAAAUGAGCAGUUUCAUGGUGGCGAGAGCAGGAAACGCUUUACGUGUCAGCAUCAACUUUGAGGCCUCUCCUUGGCCAGAGGUCAGCUGGCUGAAGGACGACUCACCUGUGUCUAAGAGGGCAACCAUUAGCACCGCUGAUGGCAUGUCACAGCUCCUGAUUCCUUCAGCAGAGCGCUCCGAUACAGGCAUCUACACCAUCAUAAUCAAGAACCUGGUGGGCCAGGAAACCUUCAGCACUGAGAUCAGAGUCACAGACGAACCCAAACCUCCCGGUCCGGUGGAGCUUGACGAGAACGUUCCGGGCACGGUCACGGUGUCCUGGGCACCGUCUCCAGACGAGACCCGUGACGAUCAUCUCCACUACCUGGUGUCCAAGCGCGACUCAGUCAAACGGGCCUGGCACACCGUGGCCGACCGCCUCUUCAAUAACAAGUUCACCGUCUGCAACAUCAUGCCAGGCCGAGAAUACUACUUCAGAGUCUACGCCAAGAAUGACAUGGGCCUGUCUAAGCCUUCUGAAUCAACAGCCUGGUCAAUCAUCAAGAAGAAAGAAAAGUUCACCUUGAACGUACCUGAAUCCAAGGCCGUCAACUUUGAGCGUCCCCCGAAAUUCCUGACCGGUCUCAAGAUGCACGUCGCGCCCCAAGGCUACGAGUGCUACAUGACCUGUGCCGUGCGGGGCGACCCCGCGCCCCACGUCACAUGGUACAGGGACAACGUCAGCCUCAACACCAACACCAACUACUACAUCACCAACACCUGCGGCGUGUGCUCCAUGCUCAUCCUCAGGGUCGGGCAUCAAGACAUGGGGGAGUACAAAGUCAUGGCGGAAAACCCGCUGGGCCGAGCGGAGUGCUCCACCAAGCUCACCGUCAGAGAAUAAACCACCUUCAUUUUCAAGGCUGCAGCUCUAGACUUUGUUGUUUUAUAGCCAUGUUUUCUUUCUGGAAAUCUUGUUACCUUGUUUUAUUUUUAAUGCAGAAAUAACUUACUGUGUGUGUUUUAAAAGAAACUGUCAAAUCCAUUUCAGGCUAUCAUCUUUACUUAGGAGCAAUAUAAGUCAGGCUGGUUUGUGGUUGGUUGCUGGCAUACAAAUUAUAAUUUAUUUUAGAGGUAAUAAUGAAUUAUGUGAUAAAAUUAACAGUCAGAUUUAUGUGCUGAAACACUCUUUUGCCAAGCAAGUUUUCUGUGACCUAAAUGGUAAAUGGACUGCAUUUAUAUAGCGCUUUUAUCCAAAGCGCUUUACAAUUGAUGCCUCGCAUUCACCAGAGCAGUUAGGUGUCUUACUCAGGGACACUUCGACACGCCCAGGGCGGGGAUCGAACCGGCAACCCUCUGACUGCCAGACAACCGCUCUUACCUCCUGAGCUAUGUCGCCCCACUGACUUGUCAGUUCACUAACGUUAUUAGAAAGAUGUAUGUCUCAAAAAUAUAUGUGGUUUUUCAAGUGCAGUAUCAGAACAUUAAUCUUUAACUAAUGAUGAAAAUAGUAGCUAAAAAAAGAAAUGUAUUGUUGGACUGAAACAAAUGUGUUCACAAAACAAAUGUGUUCUUACAUGGCACACAGACAUACCUGCUCACACAUUUAGUUUUAUCGUAGUAAUUCAAAACUAUUUUUUUUGUUUUACGUUUGAUUUUUCAGUUUAUGGAGGUACAUCUGACCUUAAAAGCCUUCCAGCACAGCUGUCCUGUCAGAGUUUUUUGUACUUCCACUUUAUAUGGCAAGCUAGCCCAAAUUAUUGCAGAAUAUUUCUAUAUUUCUCAUAUUCCAGUGAAUUCUAGAAUGCUGCAUGAUUAUCAAAGUAUUUAUUUAUUUUAAUUUGUUUAGUGUUUGUGACUGCAUUCACAACAGAAACGUUAUCCUUAACCAACAACAACCUAUAACCGCUGAUUUAUGGAAAUUAUUGCAUUUAUUUUUAAUGUGUGUUUGGUUUGUAAAGGUAGAUCUGAGGUGUAUGCACACUAGGUUGUUUAAUUAUAACGAAGAGCAGGGAAUAUGAUAAUAAAUACAUUCAUAGUAGCUCACUGAAACCUAUAUGUAAUUCAUUUUAAGAUACGGACAUUGUAUGGACAUGGCUACAGGUUCUCAUUUUUAGUUUAGUGAGUUUAUAAUAUCAGUGACCAUCAAGCUUUCAAUAACCUGAAAAAAGUUUAAACGCAAAAGGUUGAAAGUGCAUUUUAAAUUGAGUUAACCCAGUCUUGUGUGCUUUGUGAACCUUCUCUAGUACAUAAUUAUUCUUAAGAAAAUAAAAAGGGGAAACUGUUUUGUCAGAGUUAAAAUCAGCUGAGCAGCAACUACACAGGUUCAGUCUUAUUUCCCUUAAAUACAGUUUUGUAAACUACCAGGAACACUUUCAUUUUUUUUUGUUGUUGUUGUUCUUUACAUGAAAGUUGUGAAAGCUUGUGAGGCGAUUAUUAUUUUCCUCUGAGAGUCUUGAGCUGGGAAAGAGGAGGGGAAAUGUCGACCUUGUUCCCACUUGCUCGAUUCCUACAGUAUUCUGGAUUUAUUUUACUUGUGUUUAAAAAUAUCACACGGACCCUAGAGUUUGGGGACACUCGUUAUGGCUCAUGUUUAUGGUAUCACAAUACUUACUGUAUGUGUUAGAAAUUAGAUUAGUACUGUUUUAUUUUGUUUUUGAAUGGAAACACUAAAUGCUUAAGCACUACUGCCACUGUAAAAAAAAAAAAAAACUGGGUAUAAACAACUACUGUAUGAACUACGAACUACUGAGUGAAAAGCACAAACCCUUUAAAUAAACCAAACAAUUGCAACAUUUAA